AUCAGCAUUAUAAGGGAUGGAAAAGUGACUAUUGGAAGCAUGUGUGUUUGGAACCAAAGGGAGAAAGGCGGCGUGCUUUUUUCUACACAUGUGCAAGAGGACUGAGCACACCUAUAUUCAAACAUGCCUUCAGCCCAUCUUAAUUCUGCCUCCCAUCGGAAUAUGUCCGUUGUUUGCCGUCUGCUUCUCUGGGCAGAGAAGAGGAGUUGGGAUGGAUUUGGUGGAUGGAGGAGGAGUUAUUCCCAAGGAAGCAAGCCCGAUCUUAAUAAGCAAGUGGGGAAAAUGGACCAUCUGAAAAAUAAGGAACAAAGACAAAGGCGAUUGUGGAAGAAGAUGGAGGCUAUUGAAGCUCAGGUGGCUGCUGGGCCCAAGGAACCUUCAAAUCAAGACAAGACCCUUUCCUCAAAAAACAUUGCGGAAUAUGACAUCCCAACUAUAGCUGGACAGAAAAAAGAUACCUCAGCCCCUUUGCCCGCCUCCUAUAGUCCUCGCUAUGUUGAAGCUGCUUGGUAUCCUUGGUGGGUGAAAGAAGGUUUUUUUAAACCAGAAUGCCAGCAACACCUGCCCCACAGAAAGCCAGAAACGUUUUCUAUCUCUCUUCCACCACCUAAUGUCACAGGAUCCCUUCACUUGGGGCAUGCCUUGACUGUGGCUAUUGAAGAUACUUUGGUACGAUGGAGACGAAUGCAAGGCUAUCGAGUUCUAUGGCUUCCAGGUUCUGAUCAUGCUGGAAUUGCAACUCAGGCAGUGGUAGAAAAAAAGAUUUGGAAAGAACGGGGAGUUUUGCGGCAAAAUCUCUCACGUGAUGAAUUUCUCCAGGAAGUUUGGAAGUGGAUUGAGGA